AGUGUUUGCUAUCUUUUUAAAGUUGCGUCAGUCAUUUGAUGAAAGAAAGAAACAGCGACGCGGUGGCGGAAAAGCGAAACUCGAACCGACAUCGAUCUUCUCGUGUGGCGUUCGGAGUUUUUUUUUACGAACGAAAUCUGAAAUAAACGCGUUUAUCCGUGAUGUCGGUGGUGCUAGUGCAAUAAAACAUACCGAGGAACAUUCUGUGCUUGUUAUUUUGUAUAAUGUUUCGGUAUUCACGUGCUUAGUGCUAAGUUACAUCGCUUCUAUAAAAGUGAGAAGUGAAUUUGUGAGUGACUUGAAAAGAAUCACCUAUUAUCGCCUCUCGGAGUCUUCAACCGAGUGUGUGUAUGAUUUCAAGGCGUUCGCUGUGAGGCAGACCAAGCGAGUUUAUAAAACAAGAUGGCCGACACUGACACGGAGACCCUGCCUAACGGCACUGGCACGCUGUCACCCGAGGAGGAGGAGAGGCUGAAGCAGAGGCCGGCUGAUAUAGACGCUGACGUCCGUGAAAUGGAGCGACGCAAGCGCGUGGAGGCGCUCAUGUCUUCCAGACUGUUCCGCGAGGAGUUGGAGCGGGUGCUGGACCAGCAGAUACACGAGGGGAAUGAUGCUCCUCUGCUGCAGCGCAUCAGGGAGAUGGUCGGGGGGCGACUGCAUACCGGCAGUUUGAGGGGUCCCAGCUGCGUGCUUCCCAUCAACGACAUCCGGGGUAUCGAGGGGGUGGGCUACGAGAAGGGGGAGAAGAUAUUGCGAUGCAAGUUGGCCGCCGCCUACCGCCUGGUGGACCUGUUCGGUUGGACCCAGACGGGCAUAGCCGGACAGAUAACGGCCCGCCUGAACACCGCCGUAGAGCAGGUGCUGACCACCCCGCGCGGGCUGCUGCCGCACGAGGUGACCGCCUCGUCGCUGGUCAAGGUGGACAUGCAGGGCGUGGUUCAGGACCAGGGCACCACCAACUUUCCCGUUAAUGUUGAUGGUUUCUCCCUGCACGCGUCCGUGCACGCGGCGCGGCCGGACGUGCGCUGCGUGCUGCACGUGCGCUCGGCCGCCGCGCUCGCCGUGUCCAGCACGCGGCGCGGGCUGCUGCCGCUCUCCGCCGAGGCGGCGCUGCUCGGCGAGCUCGCCUACCACAGCCCGCCUUACGGCCCGCUGGACAACGCGGAGCGCGACAAGCUGGUCCGCGCCCUGGGCCCCCACGCCAAGGUGCUCUUCCUGAGCUGCGGCGGCGCGCUCUGCUGCGGCGGCACCCUGGAGGAGGCGUUCCACCAGGCGCGGCAGCUCACAGCCGCCUGCGACGUCCAGCUGCGGCUGGCUACGAUGCCGCUGGACGAGAUCAUCCUCAUUGAUGAGGAGACCAGGCAGAAGAUCUACGAGGCCUCCCGUACGCCACCGAAAGACUCAAACAAGUGGCGCGUCGGAGGCGAAGAGUUCGAAGCUCUCAUGCGCAUGCUCGACAACGCCGGUUUCCGCACCGGGUACAUUUACCGCAACCCCCUCGUCAAGAACGACGUGCCCCGCCCCAAGAACGACGUGGAGGUCCCGCCGGCCGUGUCCUCGCUCGGGUACCUUUUGGAGGAGGAGGAGUUGUACAACAAGGGCAUUUGGAAGAAAGGCACGGGCAAGGCGGGCGAGCGCACCCGCUGGCUGAACUCGCCCAACGUGUACCAGAAGGUGGAAGUGCUGGAGACGGGCACCAGCGACCCGAAGAAGAUCACCAAGUGGGUACAAGAUGGGUCGCCUGCGCACUCUAGUACGCCGGUGAAGAUAGAUACACUACAAUUUGUGCCCAAGAACACUAAUCCGAAGGAGUUCAAGGCUUUGCAACAGCAGAUCAAGGACAACCGGCGAGCGGACAAGAUAAGCGCCGGCCCCCAGUCUCACAUCCUGGAGGGGGUCACGUGGGACGAGGCCGCUAAGCUGGUGGGCGAGGACGCCGCCAACACUCACACCGGGGAUCAUGUGGUACUCAUGGGAGCGGCGUCCAAAGGCAUCAUCCAGCGUGGUUAUCAACACAACGCUACCGUUUACAGCGCUCCCUACGCCCGCAAUCCGUUUGACCAGGUCUCCGAUAGAGAGCUGGACGAGUACAAGAGGACGGUCGAGAGGAGGCAGAGGGGCAACGAUUACGACACAGACAUCUCGGAGUCUGAGGCAAUAAGCGCGGCCAUGAUCACGUCGCCGGCCAGCGCGACCGAGACCGAGGAGGAGUCGCGUGAUGAAGCCCGCAUCUUAAGAAUAGAGACGAAACAGGUGCCGAUGCGGAGCCAGCCCGAGGUUGUGCUUAGCGAUGUCGACACAACCGAUUUUCUCAACGCCGAGAGGUCAUACGCCGAUCGGACUAAAGCGGACCGCGAUCCGAACCUUCUGUCCGAUGAUGAAGUGUUCGCGGACUCGCGCCAAGACCCUGUUCGCGUCGUGGUGCGCGCGCGCACCGCCGCCGUACAACAUCCCGUCGUUAGAGGUACUAACGAAGCUAGAUCCCCCCCUAAAGAAGCAUUAACAGUCAAGAAGAAAACUAAAUAUAACCGCGUAGCUAAUUUCAAUAAAGUUAUUGAAAUGUAUGAAAAACAUAAUGAUGAUAACGUUUCAGAUCCUAAAUGUAAAGUUAGUUUACAUAAUAGACUGUCCGCUCAGCAAAUAGAUGUUGAGCCUUAUGAGACAGGUAAUGCGAGCAGUCGCUCCAGCCUUCGCUCUAUAACGUCUUUAGAAUGGGACGGUAGAUGCAAAUCUGAAUACGUUUUCAGAACUCGCUCUUUGCCACGCCAAAGAACAAGUAAUACACAAAAUUUGUAUAGAACAAGAUCGCACAGCGGUUUUAUCAAUAGUUAUAUCAAAUAUCCCGAUCCUAAUCAUUUUCAUUUGCCCAAAUGCCGCAGUUGUGGAACUAUUAACAACUCUUACGCGUGGGAGCUCAUCAAAGAAAAUUUAGCUAAAACGAAAGUCCCUAUGUCCAUGUACUUUUCUGUAGACGAUAUCCAACAAAAGUGUAUCGAAGAAGCUCCAUUUGAAGCUGAUUUGGUUAAAAUUAAAGAAAAAGUACUCCCUGUAUCUACAAAAGUCACGAGACAGGAGACCGAAUUUGUUGAUAGUCAGGAAUUCAAUGAAGAUAAUUACUUGGGCGAUUUGGGUAAUAGUUUCUCUUCAGAAAAUCAAACGGUUAUAGAACAAGCGAAUGUUAAAAAAGAUUGUGCAUUACCAAAAAGCGAAGUUCAAGAAGAACAAACGCGUGAAAAUUAUAGGGACGCUGUAUCUCCUAUAGUUGAGACUGAAGACGUUAACAAUAAUACAGAAGAAUCUAUAGAAGGCGAAUAUCAUAGCUUUACAGAUGAAAUUGAUUUUGAUGAAGCCGCAUAUAUUAGUCCUGUUAAAGAUCUGGUUGAAAAAGACAUAAGAGAUUAUUCGGUACCGAUAAAAUUUUAUUGUGACGAUUAUAAGAAAUCGUGCAGUCCGAAAAAAUCACCUCAUAAGUUACAUGAAACUCCUACUAAAACUGUAAUUCUUGAACCCAUAUUAGAGGAAUCUAAAGUUUCUGAUGAUUCAAAUACUGAUAAUAAAAGCAAGGUAAGUUAUUCAGGACCUGAUGUUACGGCAUCUGAACGUGAUAAAGUUGAUUCAGUUGAUGCAAAAGAAAAGAUUUCUAUUGAAAAUAAUAAUGUAAGUUGUCCCAUGAAUGAGAAUGAGCAAAUAGAAUUUACUAAAAUUCUUGAGUCCAAAAAAUAUGAAUAUAAUGAUAUUAUAAGGUUAAGUGUAUUCAGUAAUACAAGUUCAGCUAUAGAUGCAACCAGUUUCAAUUCCACCGUUGAAUUUGAAAUUUUUGAGAUAAUUUCAGAUGUUGUCACUUCUAUAUUAAACAAAAUUGAUUUUGAAAAUAAACCUGUCGCCUUUUUUGAUAAUAUUGCUCAAAGAAAUUUCGAAACAAACUUUGAGGUGGAUAGUAAAAAAGAUAAUGAUCUAAUGAAAAAAUAUUGCAAUGAGACUGAGGGAGAAACUGACUCUGAAGGUAUUAAAAAAUCGUUGGACGAUGAACAUCGACAUGUUGAAAUACAAGGUGCCACAGAAUCAAAAUCAAUUGUGUUAACGUCUAAAAUUUACGUAGAAACCGAAGUAAGCGUAACGUUUGAAGAAAAUCUCGCUGAAAACAGUAGUAAAGAUGUAAAUACAUCAGACAUGUUCAGUGCUAGCGACUCAGAAACGUUUUCUAUAAAGAAAAUUAUUGAAGAAUUAGAAACGCCCGUGAAUUUGAACGAAACUGUUCUAACUGAGGUAAGCGAAAGUGAAAAUCAAACUAUUAAAAUUAUACAACCAAUUUUGUACCAUGUUUUUGAUAGAGCGUACGGCGUGUGUUCAGAUAAAUUUAAACAAAAUAAGAAAACAAAGAAACUUAAAACAGUAGUGACAGUUGUAGACACCGAAGAUAUUUUAGCUACUGCUAAAAGUCUCUGGUUAAGUUUAGAAAAUGAAACUGAAGAAUAUUUUAAUAAAGAAUUAGAUUAUUAUUUUAACAAAACAGAAGAUAACGCUGAUUUGAAAAACAUUGAGUCUUGUUUGAAUGGUGCGGUAUCCGAUAAUUUUGAUUCUAAUGAUUUAGGGCAUAACGUUCAAAAUACUUUCUGCGAAUCGACCGAAAUAUGCUAUGAGGCAAAUAUAGUAUAUGAAGAGCAAGAUAUUAAGGAAAUAGUGAAUCUUUGUGAAGAACUUUCGUUCAAUGAACCUCAAAUUACCGAUGUUGACAUGAAUCUCAGUGACUCGUGUCAUAAUAAAACUAUUUACGAUUUGAGUGAUAAUACGACUUUUGACAUAGCUGAGAAUUUAGAAGAAAACAUAGAACAUAAAACUGAAGACGAAACAUUAUUGAAUGAAACGUUCACUCUAGAUGAGAAAGACGAGCAUAUGAAUACAGCAUUUGUUGACAGUGUGGACAGUAAUCAGAAUUCUAGAAUUGUAUUUGAUUGCAACGAAUCGCCGAUAAAGAAAUCUAAAGGCAAUUUCGUCGGCGAUGAUUUGAGUGUUUUGUAUGACAAAGAUGACACAAUAAUGGGAUCACCGUUCGUGAAAAAAGCUUCGGUCAUAACUAUGGAGCAGACCGAAAAAACGGGCGGUUUGAAAUAUUGGAUUUCAUUCGAUGAGAAUUUCAAAGAUGAAAUUAAACCAACCGGUGUUCGACUUAAAAGUAUUGAUGACACGUUACCUAGUUUCGUUUGCAUAGAUAUAGAUGAAAGUGAAACAGAUGUAGAAGCGGCUGAUGUAUAUUUUGAUGAUAGACGACGUUCCAGCGUUUUAGAUAACGUCAGUUUGGGAAUUAAUGCUUCAAGUGUGUCUUUAGAGUACAACACAUGUAAUUCGGACAUUUUGGAUUCUAGGAAUGAUACGGACGAGCCUCAGAAGAUGUUGAUUUACGACAAUAGAAUUGUUAAAUCUAAAACAAGGAGAUAUUCCAGUUGGCCACCGUUUGAAGACACUCUGUUUUACAAAAUAAUUUCCCAGUUUAGGAUGUCCGAGAGUUUUGAUCCGAAUGAAUUUAAUGAAUUGACGGCGAGUGAUGGGAAUUUAAACGUGUCAGUCAAUUGCGAUGAAGUAAAUAUUUAAGCGGUAAAAAUUUGAUUGUUGCAAAAAAAUUGCUUACGAUCAAGACAAGAUCUUUUAAGUGUAAAAACAAAAUUGAAUUAGUUUAGAUUUUCAUUAAAUUUUGUGAGUAUAUUGAGUUGGUAUGAGAAUCGGCCAACAUCUAUUUUUCAUACCUACAAAUCCAAAACAACGUUUGUUGGGACAGCUAGUAAUAAUAUAAGGAAAAGGACUUGGUUAAAAACAUUAAAGUUGACAGCAAGUAAUGUGUGAGGCAAGGCACAUGUUAGGUUAGGUGGAUAUCUAACUGACAUAUUGCAUCUACCAAUCCUACUUUAAUAUUAUAAAUGCGAAAGUUUGUAUGUCAGUAUGGAUGUCUGUUACUCUUUCACAAAAAAACUACUGACCGAUAACGAUGAAAUUUGGUGUGCAAGUAGCUGAAGACCCAGAAUAACAUAUAGGUAGUGUCCGACCGAAGGUCUAUUUUUGGCCGAAGCCGAAGCCGAAGCCGAUUAAUCGGCUAUCGCCACAACCUUCGGCCGAAGCCGAAGCCGAAGCCGAAGGUUUAUAUUCUCUCAGCACUCAGUACUUAAUUUUGUUCAAUAUUGUCUACAAGGUACAAUUAAUAUUAAAAUCAUUUCAAAACCUCAAUAUUGAAGGUUUAUAUAUUGACUGUCUCAUAUAGAAGUUGAUGAUAUAUCAUAGAGGUGGUUGGUUUAGAGAUAAACUAGCUGUUGCCCGCGACUUCGUCCGCGUAAAUGUCGAGUUGAAUUUUAAUCAUACAGUCAGAUACAGACAGACAAAAAAUGUAAAAAAAAAUUCUCUAUCCGUUUCAGUCAAAAUAUUAAAUGGACAGAAAAAAUAUUUUUACCGUUUUAUUGUAUGUAGUAUUUUGAUUUUCAGUUUUUUUACAUAAAAUACUCAAACAAUACAAAAAAAAAUAUUUUUAAUAAUAAAAAAAAUCUUGUAAUUGUUGGGAUUCGAACUUGGACCGCCAACUUCACAGUCUCACGGGCUAACCACUGGACCAUCGAAGCCGUUGCGUUGGUGUCGAAAUUAAAGUAGACUACAUACAUAUGGUCACGUCUUUAUCCCUUGCGGGGUAGACAGAGCCAACAGACUUGAAAAGUCUGAAUAGCCACGUUCAGCUAUUUGACUUAAUGAUAGAAUUGAGAUUCAAAAAGUGAUAGGUUGCUCGCCCAUCGCCUAAAAAAGAAUCCCAAGUUUGUAAGCCCAUCCCUUAGUCGCCUUUCACUUAUAUUUAUAUGUUAUAGGUAUAAUGCCGUCGUAUAAUGAUAAAUGACUUUGAAUUUUUAAUUUCGCAACUUAUUUGCAGGCAUACUGAUGCCUUGAGUUCAUUCAAAUGUCGAUAACUUUUUUUUGUGAACCGAUUUUGAUGAAACAAACUUUAAAUGUUAUUCUGAGUUAAAACAAAGCAAUUGGUGAAAGUUUGAAGUAAAUCGGUUUAGUACUUUCGGAGAUAAUCGUGAUCAUACAUACAGACAGACAGACAAGAAAUUAAAAAAAAAAUAUUUUUGCUUUCUAUUAUUCAUUCUAAGUGUCCCUCUAUCCAUUUCAGUCGAAAAUACUAAAU